AUGAACAAAAACGGAACAGCUAAAAUGAAUGAUAAUCAAAUAAGAGCCGAAGGUAGAAGGUUAUUUAAACGCUUCUAUAACAUUCCUGAUGGUGUUAAUCCUAAAACUCGUAGAAGUUAUUUAAAUGAAGCCAUAGAUGCAUAUGAAGGAUUUGACAUUUCAUCAGAAAGUGAGAGGUUAGCAAGAAUGUUAAACGUUAAUAUUGAUUUUUAUUAUUGUGAUCCUCAACCAGAAGACGUGGACAUAAAUAAGGUAGACUUUCCAUUAGUGGAAUCAAUAAUGAUAGAUCCAGAAUUUGAAACAGUAAAUAUUUUAUUAACACAGAGUCCAUGUGGAAAACUUCACGCUGACAGAAUUACAGACGUUGAAGCACUCACAGGAUAUAAAGUUUGCCCCUUUUGCAAAGAAGAAGUAUAUUCUAUCCGUGAUGAUCCAGAAAGGAAAAACCAAAGAAGAUUUUUAAAACAUUGUGAGAAAUGUAAAGAAAAUAAUGGAAGAUUAAUUCAAGACGUUCAAUUGCAAAACACAACAACCAUAUGCACCACAUAUCACGAAACAGAAGAUAUAUCAAUGGCUAUUAGCACAUAA